AUGAUCCUGAAGAAGGAAGGGCUCUGUCACCCUGAACUGNCUGAGGACAAGGCACCCCCAAAAAGUCCUGUCAAAGCCACCCCAGCUCCAGCAGCCUCUCCUGAGGCCAAGGCACCCCCAAAAAGCCCCACUGAGGCCAAGGCACCCCCAAAGAGCCCUGUGAAAGCCGCUCCUGCUCCAGCAGCCUCUCCUGAGGACAAAACACCCCCAAAGAGCCCUGGCAAAGCCACCCCAGCCUCUCCUGAGGCCAAGGCACCCCCAAAAAGCCCCACAGAGGCCAAGGCACCCCCAAAAAGCCCUGCCAAAGCCACCCCAGCUCCAGCUUCCCCUGGAGCAUCCAAAAAACCUCCCAAGGGCAGCCCUGUCCCUGCCCCAUCCUCUCCUGUGGCUCCAGCGCCUUCAGCUGCUCCUGCUGAGGCCAAAGCACCCCCAAAGAGCCCCACUGAGGCCAAGGCACCCCCAAAAAGCCCUGCCAAAGGCACCCCACCUCCAGCAGCUUCUCCUGAGGCCAAGGCACCCCCAGAAAGCCCUACUGAAGCCAAGGCACCCCCAAAAAGCCCUGCCAAGGCCACCCCAGCUCCAGCAGCCCCUGCUGCAGCCAAAGGAUCCCCAAAAAGCCCUGCUGAGGCCAAGACACCCCCAAAAACCCCUACCAAAGGCACCCCAGCUCCAGGCACCCCCACUGAGAACAAGGCACCCCCAAAAAGCCCUGGUGAGGCCAAGGCACCCCCAAAGAGCCCCACUGAGAACAAGGCACCCCCAAAGAGCCCUGCCAAAGGCACCCCAGCCUCUCCUGAGGACAAGGCACCCCCAAAAAGCCCCACAGAGGCCAAGGCACCCCCAAAAAGCCCUGCCAAAGCAACCCCAGCUCCAUCUACCCCUGCUGAGGCAAAAGCACCCCCAAAAAGCCCUGGUGAGGCCAAGGCACCCCCAAAAGGCCCCACUGAGGCCAAGUCACCCACAAAAGGCCCUGCAGAGGCCAAGGCACCCCCAAAGAGCCCCACUGAG